AUGCGUGCUCGCGUCCGCUCGUUUAUAUUUGGAGGCAAGAGUAAGGAUACCGGGAAAGAGCGCAAGUCGAACAAUGUCACACAAGUCGCCCCCGCCAGCGCCAGCGCCCCACGGUGGCAGACACCAAUACAAGAUACUCCCUCUCCAGCUUCGGAAUUGGAUCUGUCGACAGCGACAGAAAACCAAAGAGCCGGGGGAUCUGGAUUUGGAUCUCGACCCGCAUCAAUGAUAUUAUUCUCUAACAAUCCCCCUCUAAUGACCCACGCCGAGGGCACCCCACCGGAGUUAUCGCCGAUCUUCACUUAUCUCAAUAUCCACACCAACAAAGUCUAUCAAGAGGGCUAUUUUUUGAAGUUGAAUGAUCAGGAUUCUCAUGGGCGACCUUCGACUGAUCGGAGGUGGGCUGAAUGCUAUGCGCAACUGGUUGGAACUGUUCUUUCACUUUGGGACGCUGCUGCGCUGGACGCGGCUGGCGGAGAAGAGGUCCCAGCUACCUUUAUAAAUUUGACUGAUGCGUCUCUUAAAAUGCUGGAGACAUUACCAAUUAGGAAUGGGACUGCGGAACCGUUGAAGAACGUUCUCAGUUUAUCUUCCGCAGGAAAAAAUCGAUAUUUACUCCAUUUUAGUUCGUAUAGCGCAAUGGUCCAAUGGACCGCCGCAAUUCGCCUUGCAAUGUACGAACACACCUCGUUGUAUGAAGCGUAUACUGGUUCCUUGAUUGCCGCCAAAGGCAAGAGCAUCAAUGGAAUCCAGUCAAUUCUUGCACCCAUUAGGUACAAACAUGAGGAUUGGGCUCGUGUGCGCUUCGGCGCAGGGACUCCGUGGAAGCGCUGCUGGUUUGUGAUAAGUCCGCCAGAUGAGAAGGAGGUUCAGAAGGCAAAGAAGCUCAUGAAAAAGUCUGCGUAUGAUCGCCUUUCCAUUCCGGUCACGGGCACUAUCAAAUUUUACGAGACGAGGAAGACAAAGAAGGUAACGCCAAUUGCAACCGUUACCCAGGUCUACUCUGCAUAUGCAAUUUACCCGCAAGCUAAGGCCUUGAUCGAUCAAUCUACCUUGGUUAAGCUAGAAGGCCGAAUCACCAUGAACUCAACCCCUCAUACUGCCACUGAGGGCUUUGUGUUUGUCAUGCCCGAGCUGCACAAUGCGGUUUCUGGCUUUGAGAUGAUGCUUCGAUUCCUCUUCCCAGUCUUUGAUACUUUCAACCUUUACGGUCGUCCUACCCGUCUCGUGGCCGAUACAAACCACAUCAAGAGCAUCAUGUUCGCUUUCCCUAAGCAACGUCGCUACGGUUAUCUGGAAGUGCUGGACAUUGCUGCUCUCCUUCAAACUCCCGGUAGCCAGCGGUGGAGCGAAGCUGAGUGGCGGAACCAACUAAAGGAUGCAACACAGAAACGCAUGUCUGCGGGCUUCAGUCGAACUAGUAGUGUUGCGAGCAGCCAGCAGCAGUAUCGUUCUAGCGUUCCAGCAGAUGCCUCUCGCCGCCACUUUGCUAGCAAGCCUGCUUUCAAUCAAUCGGCCGAAGCAGUCAUUCAGGAGGUCCCUAGAAACGAGCCUCCAACUGAUCAUUCUCGCCCCAUGUCGGAUGAUGUUGUCGUGCAGCAUGGAGGAUCAGAGAGCGCGCGUGCUGCAUCGCCGACUCCCAGGGAUUUGAUGCGCAAUGAUGAAAACUCUGAAGCUGGGCAGGUCGAUGUGAAUGGUGACCAGCUUCCCCCGCGCACACCUCCCUUCUCAGUCGUGAAACCGCCUGAGUUCUCCUAUGGAUCCAAGGAGGUGCCGUUGAACCGCCCGGAGGUAAGCUCCGAGCAGAGAAGUGCUCUUAACCGGAUGUCUCUUGGAACUCUCGAUCAAUUGGUCGCUGUUAGGCAGAUGGGCAUGUCUGAUUCAGCUGUUGCAUUCCACGAUCAGAAAUCUGACCCAAGCAUCGACCAGCGAUUUGAAAAUCGUGCCCCCAGCAACAACUCUUCACCCAAACGUGCCGCUUAUAAGAACUCGCCGCUUGUACACGCAUCCAGCGACGAGUCCAUUGAUCUUGCAGUUGCGAUGAGUCAGUCGCAGGCUGUGUUGCAGCGGUUUGAGGCUUCGUCACCUCAGCAAGAUCUUGGUGGCUCUUCUUCUAUCAAGCGAAAGCCUCUUCCCCAAAGACAGCUUUUCCACGAUGAAGGCCCUCUUUCGCCAGGAGAGCCAAGCUUCGAUGAUCUUCGUCACACCGUCGACGAAGCGGCGCUGGACCGAAUUGCCCCUCGCUUCCAGUCUCCUGUAUCCCCUGAGAUGUACGAGGCGGAGAGUAAUUACGACGACGCCGCAUCCAAUGUCACUCCUGAUUACGCAAGUACUCAUGAAUCAGUCUACAGCAGGAAGUCUGUGAAAUCGGUUACAAAGCCACGCAUGGGCAUCAUGAAGACUGUGGGCCAAAUUCCUAACCAGGAUCUUGUCAUUGGUGAUGCUAUUUACUCAACUGACAAGCCCCCUGAGACCAACUCGGAUAUUCCUAUGGUUGACUUUGGACCGACUUUGACGUAUAUGCCUACUACCGGGCGCCCAAGUACAGGGGAUGCAUUGAAAAAGGCAUCGCACCAACGCAAGGAAUCAAUGCCGCUCAACCCGCGAGCACAUAGCCGGUCUCCUAGUCAGGAUGAAUUCCGGCGGAACAUGCUGUGGAAGCCCUUGAUGGGCUCCAGUCGUCCUGCCACCCCGGGUGCAACCCUUACUGCCGAGGAAUUUGUCCAGCAGCGAGCAGCGCCUAGUCCGCCCGUCCUCAUGCCUCAUACCAGAAAUGUAUCCACAUCCACCUUCACCCCGGCAACACAGCGACCAGUGUCAGGAGAUUGGACUCAGAUGGCUAUCCCUAGGCGACCGGUGUCAGGAGAUUGGACUCAGAUGGCUCGCCCUAGAUCUCGUAUGAACAGUCUCCAGGAUGGACCUAUCAACCGUCCCUCAUCGCGUGGUACAAGUACAAUGCUCAACUACAACGACUCCUCAACCCAACUCUCUGCCCGUGAACAGCAGUAUGUUGCACGAAUGACUGGCUCGUCGUUCUUCAACAUUCAAGGCGACAAGAAGAAGGCGCAGGCAGAGGAAUCUGGUCAGCAAGGACUUGUCUCGGCAAUCGGCGCUCGUGAACGUGAAAAACGUGAAUUCAAGGAGGGCAUGUCGAACCAUCUGGUCCAGCAUGCAAUUGCCCAGCGACAAAGUGUAUUGAUCCAGCAACAGCAGCAGCAGCAGCACCAACAGGAACAGCAGCGGCAGCAGCAACAGCAAUUUGCGUCUCCGUAUGGGGCCAGCUCCAAUUCAGUAUACCAACUUCCUCAACCUCAUGGUCACUCCCGUCAGCAAUCUAUGUACACCAUCCCGACAGCUAGCCACACUUUGGAUGCUCUUCAUCAACCGAUUCGCCCGAAUGAGCCUCGCCGUCAGUCCUGGUACGGUCAACUUGCUCCAGCUUCGCAAACACCACCACCGCAAGCUUACCAGCAACAACACUACCCCCAGCAGGGUUACUCCAGCCACCUUACCAUGAAUUUCUAA